CAGUGCCUACUGAGGGACGAGCCGGGGCGGAGGCGCCAGGAGCAGCAGCCGGGAGCCCUCACGCGGACCAGCGCUCUAUGGCCAAAGGGAGCCGCUGAGAGGAGAACAGGCGCUCGCUCGCACCCCGGCUCGCACUCUCGCUCCCCUGGCCCGCACUCGCACCCUCGGCUCCCCUGGCCCGCGCCUCCCGCCACCAUGAACCACUCUCCGCUCAAGACCGCGCUGGCGUACGAAUGCUUCCAGGACCAGGACAACUCCACGCUGGCUUUGCCCUCUGACCAAAAGAUGAAGACCGGCACGUCGGGCAGGCAGCGCGUGCAGGAGCAAGUGAUGAUGACCGUCAAACGGCAGAAGUCCAAGUCUUCCCAGUCGUCCACCUUGAGUCACUCCAACCGAGGUUCCAUGUAUGAUGGGCUGGCUGACAAUUACAACAACUACGGCACCACGAGCAGAAGCAGCUACUUCUCCAAGUUCCAGGCAGGGAAUGGCUCGUGGGGAUAUCCGAUCUACAAUGGGACCCUCAAGCGGGAGCCCGACAACAGACGCUUCAGCUCCUAUAGCCAGAUGGAGAACUGGAGCCGGCACUAUCCCCGAGGCAGCUGUGCCACCCCGGGCGCUGGCAGUGACAUCUGCUUCAUGCAGAAAAUCAAGGCAAGCCGCAGUGAGCCUGACCUCUACUGUGACCCAAGGGGCACACUGCGCAAGGGCACCCUGGGCAGCAAGGGCCACAAGACCACCCAGAACCGAUGCAGCUUCUACAGCACUUGCAGUGGUCAGAAGGCUGUCAAGAAGUGUCCCGUGCGGCCGCCCUCCUGCACCUCCAAGCAAGACCCGGUGUAUGUGCCGCCUAUCUCCUGCAACAAGGACCUGUCCUUCGGCCACUCGAGGGCCAGUUCCAAGAUCUGCAGUGAGGACAUUGAGUGUAGUGGGCUGACCAUCCCCAAGGCUGUGCAGUACCUGUGCUCCCAGGAUGAGAAGUACCAGGCCAUCGGAGCCUAUUACAUCCAGCACACCUGCUUCCAGGAUGAAUCUGCCAAGCAACAGGUCUAUCAGCUGGGGGGCAUCUGCAAGCUGGUGGACCUCCUCCGCAGCCCCAAUCAGAAUGUCCAGCAGGCUGCUGCCGGGGCCCUGCGCAACCUGGUGUUCAGGAGCACCCCCAACAAGCUGGAGACCAGGAGGCAGAACGGAAUCCGUGAAGCUGUCAGCCUCCUGAGGAGAAGCGGGAGCACGGAGAUCCAAAAACAGCUGACUGGGCUCCUCUGGAACCUGUCUUCCACUGAUGAGCUGAAGGAGGAGCUGGUGGCCGACGCCCUGCCUGUUCUGACUGACCGGGUCAUCAUUCCUUUCUCUGGCUGGUGUGAUGGUAACAGCAACAUGUCCCGGGAAGUAGUGGACCCUGAGGUCUUCUUCAAUGCUACAGGCUGCUUGAGGAACCUGAGUUCAGCUGAUGCUGGCCGCCAGACUAUGCGGAACUACUCUGGGCUCAUUGACUCCCUCAUGGCCUAUGUCCAGAACUGCGUGGCUGCCAGCCGCUGCGAUGACAAGUCUGUGGAGAACUGCAUGUGUAUCCUGCAUAACCUCUCCUACCGCCUGGACGCCGAGGUGCCCACCCGCUACCGCCAGCUGGAGUACAAUACCCGCAAUGCCUACACCGAGAAGUCCUCCACUGGCUGCUUCAGCAACAGGGGUGACAAGAUGAUGAACAAUAACUAUGACUGCCCACUUCCGGAGGAAGAGACCAACCCCAAGGGCAGCAGCUGGCUGUACCACUCAGAUGCCAUCCGGACCUACCUGAACCUCAUGGGAAAGAGCAAGAAAGAUGCUACCUUGGAGGCCUGUGCUGGGGCCCUGCAAAACCUGACAGCCAGCAAGGGGCUGAUGUCCAAUGGUAUGAGUCAGUUAAUUGGAAUAAAGGAAAAGGGCCUGCCACAAAUCGCCCGUCUCCUGCAAUCUGGCAAUUCGGAUGUGGUGCGGUCCGGAGCCUCUCUGCUGAGCAACAUGUCUCGCCACCCUGUGCUGCACAGAGUGAUGGGAAACCAGGUGUUCCCAGAGGUAACCAGACUCCUCACUAGCCACACCGGCAAUACCAGCAACUCUGAAGAUAUCUUGUCCUCAGCCUGCUACACUGUGAGGAACCUGAUGACCUCACAGCCUCAGAUGGCCAAGCAGUACUUCUCCAACAGCAUGCUCAACAAUGUCUUCAACUUGUGCCGCAACACUGCCUCCUCACCUAAGGCUGCAGAGGCUGCCCGGCUACUCCUGUCUGACAUGUGGGCCAGCAAGGAGCUGCAGAGUGUCCUCAGGCAGCAAGGUUUCGAUAGGAAUAUGAUGGGAAACAUAGCUGGGGCCAACAACCUCAGAAACUUCACCUCCCGGUUCUAAGAAGAGACUGCCCAAGCAAGUUCAACUUGCAGAAAGACACGACCCAGCUGAGAAGACCUCAGGCCUUGAAGAUGGGUUACCUGCUCCAUCCUGCGUGGUAUUUGGAGACGUUCAGAUGCAACCAAGAGCAGCCUGAAAACUGUGGAUGAUGGAAAUAAUUUUUGAUUCUUUUUUUUCCUUAGGGGAACUGGCAGGCUAUAGGGUUGGGGAGGUUGGGUGGGGGGGCUUUCUUGAGUUAAAGGGGCUUACAUCUGAUGUCAAUACUUUCUUCUCUGAGAAACAGUAUAUAUAUAUAAUGUGUAUAAUGUAAGUAUGUGUGUGUGGUGUGCCUGUGUGGUGUGUUCACGCAUGUGUUCGUGUGUGUGUGUGUGUGUGUGUGUGUGCCUAAAAGCAUAACCAACAAGAGAAACAGGCUGGGUGUGACGAUCCUUUGCAGUUCACAGGCAGCACAGGGGACUCUCCGUGUCUCCCUUUAUAGACAUGUGGGCUGCACCCACAUGAAAGCUUUAGCCAGCAGAGCCCCAGACUUCAGACAGCCUGCAAGCAGCUAUUGGUGGAGAAAGGAAGUAAGAAGAUCACCUGAAGCCAGAACUGUGGGGAUGUGCUCACUCAUCUCCUCAAGGGGAUAGGGUAGGAACAGAUGGGCACUGGGCACUGCCUGCUCAGGCUUCUCAGAGAACAGAGAGGAAGACUGGAAAUUAGUUGCAAUGCACCUCAGACCCAGCUUGCUGAGCGUCAGGUGAGGGAGUUCCCAGAGGCUGAAGGAAGGGAAUUUGGGUGGAUAGACCAGGUAAAGGAAGUGUCCUGUUAAGGCAUCAACUAGCCCACAUUCCAGCCAUCAGCCUCUUUCUUCAUGAACUCUAGCUGUUCUGUCUGCCCUCUGUCUCUGUGAAACAAAACUGCCUAGUGGGGUAGAGGCAGCCAACCCCAGGACCCCAGACUUCACACUGCAGACAGAAGUACCAAAAGAACAUCUGAGAACCCCAUGAGUGAGCCUGUCUAUGUGAAGCCCCCUAGGACAAAUGACUGAUGGACAGAGCUGAGCCUUCCCCCAGAGCCUUCAUGUCUAGGCUAUUGCUUCUCCACUGGUGUGGUUAGUGCUGGGUAGACAUGAAUGAUAAGGGCCAUACCUCUCUCAAGGAGGGUAUAGAAUGCUCCUUGGCCCAACCCUCUUCUUACCCCAGCAGUAAGACCGAAAAAUUCCUCUAUGGCUCAGGGUGGCCUAGUAAACGAUCUGUCCAUUGAGGAUUGAGGAGGUCAGCUACGUGAGGACAUUGUUCCUGAGAGGUGUCCUAAGCCAUCUACCCGGUGUGCUCUGGCACUGUGAGUCUGCAGCAUCCUUCCCUGUUUGGCUUGUGUGGGAUUCUGCCUCCUACCUCACCUCCUCUCUGAUACCAGCGUGGGAUGCUGUCCCACCACACUGUCCUUGGGUAGGCUUCUUGUGAUCUCCUUUGCCAGUCACUGGGAUCCAGAACAAUCUACUUCUUCAAGCAUGCCAUUGUCACACUACUCUGCACGACAGUGAGGGGAGCACUUAAGGCAAUAACAGGAAAUCAAACCUACAGUACCCCUGCCCCUCCAUAUAGUGUAUGUUCGCCCAAGAAAGGAUACCCAGGUCCUGGGCUUCAGGGACUAUCCACUUACUCAGUCAAUUUGAGAAAAUCAUGUAGAACGUUCAAGUCAACAAGGGAGACUGCUGUAGGCCCUCAAGAAUGACGUUCCCACCCAACCCCCCAGUAUCAUCCUCACUUCCUGCAGCCCUCGGACUCAGUUUUCUUUUCCCUGGGAGGAAGGUUGGGUAGGUUCACCAUUUGCUUUGGUGAUGAAGCAGGUCUUAAGAUACCCAGAGGUCAGGCUCAAUUGUGGGAACUUCUUCCAUGAUCUCAAGCUGGCCAGAUGGGCUGGGCCCAACAUGUGCCUGUCAUUCCAGGGAAAAAUUAAAGGGACUUAUGAAUAAAUUCCUAGAAGCAGGAGGUAAGGGGCUGGCUGGACUUUCUGUAUCCCAGACUUAUCUUCAUGGUUUUUUUCAUCAAAUUUGCCUCCUAGUUCCAUAUCUAAAACAAGUUACAAUUUAGGACCAAAUGAGAAAGGACAGAGGCCCUGUGUCUUCCUUGACUUUUGGACUUGCUGCAGCGUCUGGGACCCUCCGUCCAGCCCUCACUGUCCUUGCUCCAUCUUGUAUGAGAACCUUGUGCUGAACGGGCCCAGUUUCCUUGUAUGAUACACCAUGUAUUUGCUUUGUCAAAAUAUAGGAAAUCAAUAAACUACUAGUAUUUCUUUGAAGGUUU